CCCGGGUCAGUGCAUGACGCACGAGUGCUCCGCCACAGCCCACUGUACAGGAGGUCAGUGUACCCUCCUCCAGGGCACUUUAUCCUGGCAGACGGAGGUUACCCCAUGCCUCCGACAGCCACUCCCCCUCAUCACUCCCUAUAAGAGGCCAGUACAAGGUGUGGGAGCCCAGCGCUUUAAUGUCCAUCAUUCCAGGGCACGCUCUAUUAUAGAGCGUGCUUUUGGGAUGAUGAAGACCAGAUUCAGGGCCAUCUUCCUGCAAGCGCUGGAGGUGCACCACACCUUUGUACCUCACGUCAUAACAGCCUGUGCCAUCCUCCAUAACAUCUGCCUUGGGGUUGGUGACAUCAUGGCCCCGGAGGAUGAGCACGAGGAGGAGAUGGCUGAGGAGGAGGAUGAGGGGGAGCAUGCUUUGGAGACAGUCAGUGGUGCUCCAUGGCGUGACCAGCUGUCUGCAGAGGUGUCUGCCCUGGAGGAGGUACCUGCUGACCACGACUAUUUGUAACAGGCAAGACAAUUAGGCUAUGAUGCCUAAGACAAAAAUUUGAUUGGACCAUAAAACUGGUUUGCACAUAGAAAUAUUUUAUAGUUUGUUUCGAGUAUGCAAGUUAAUUUAAUUUAUUCUUGCCUUUCUGAAAACAUCUUAGUGACAUGACAGCUGUUGAUUUGUGUCAGCCCUGCAAACCUGUUGGUAGACAACACAGUGGAAAUAUGCUCUCAAACACUCAGGAGACCAUCCCAGAUGAUG